UGACGUACGCUGUAUAGCAGGAAGUGGAAUCGUUUCGCCCUUACACUGCACGUGAGUUUUUAUUUUUCUGAGAUUUUGAAGCCCAUGCUAAAUUUUGUUCCAAAAUACUUUACGUUAGGAGGUUUUCGCACAUAGUUAACUUUCUGUCAAGACGUUGCAAUUUUAUACAUUUUCAGAAAUCGACCAGACUCAAUAUUUCAGGACGUAUGUGCAACACUGAGAUUCAAAUAGUUUCCAGGAGUUUACUUUUUGAACUAGGGCAUGAAUUGAUUACUUUCACACUUGAAUUACUCUUGCUCAUCUCAUCCAUUUUGCACGCUCUCCCAAGAGUUUCUCAUUAUCGUCGAGUUAAGGUGGCUAGAGCAGUGACGUCAUCCGUCAACUUCUUUGGCCAAACCAUUUGAAAAGAUGCCAGAGGUCGAGAAGCCAUUGAAAAGAGGUGAUAAGAAGAGAGCCCAGGAAGCAGACCAUGCAGGAGAACGCAAGAGGAAAAAACUUCAAGAUGAGUCAAAGACAGAAGGAGAUGGCGGAAAAAAGCGACUGGAUAGUGCCACCGUUGGCUAUUACCGGCGUGUUGGAGAAAAACUGCAAGAAGACUUUGAACAUGCUGAGGACAGAGAUGUGUUUUUAAAAAAUGUUCUGAGCGAAGUCAAAGGUGAAGCGAGCGUGGUGGCAAUGAAUAGCACCGGGAGCAUCACGCUGCAGCGCCUGUUUGAGCAGUCGAGCCCUGAUCAGGUGGCAGAAGUAAUGGCUGAACUGGCUGGAGAAUUCAAAGGCGUCUGUUGUGACCGUUGUGGCGGCCAUGUUGUGGAGAGUGCACUCAGAAAGGUGGCCUCCUCGGCAGCAAAAGAAGAAGAAGAGGAGAGUGAGGAUGCUCUGGUGGUCCAAGUGUUAUCCUUAAGUCAGGUGGUGAGAGACAACAGCGCAGAGUUCCUCCAACAUGUCUACGGUUCUCACGUCGUCCGCACACUUUUGCAUGUGCUGGCGGGCUGCCUGGGACCUCCCCGCAUCCCGUCACGUCCAGCCGCAAAAGACCGCCAUGUUUCUCCUCAGUUGGUUGACUUUGAGAUUCCUACAUCUUUUUGGUAUGAGCUGAAAAGCCUCACAGAGGCUUUGAUGGUCAACGUUAAACUAAGCAUCACAAACUUGCAGUCCAGUGCGGUAUUCCAGACCAUGCUGACUGUAUGUCACAGGAAACGGCCCAAACUUUGUAAGCGGCUAAUCAAGGACAUCAUGGAAUACUUGAAAAGUUGCCCCGCUGCUCCAGGAGUUAGUCCGCUCCUGGUAUUCCUGAAGGACCAGACUUCCAGUCGCCUUGUUGAUACCGUUAUUCAGCUGUCCUCCAAAUCUCCUCUGCAAGACCUUUACAAGAAUGAGCUCAAGGGUCAGCUGGUUGAACUUGCACUCCAUCCAAUCGCCAACUUCCCUGUACAGAGACUGACUGCAGCGUCAGCCAAAUUGAAACUGUUUCCCAAGUUAUUCGACGAGUUAGUCCAAGGCGUGGAGGCCAUCUUGGCUGCAGGUCACAUGGGUGUGAUUGUGCAGCUGGCAGAAAGCUGUGCAGAAGCCGAAGAGCGCCAAGCAGAAUUGAUGCAGUGUUUACUCACGGCAUUCCACUGCGCAGAACCUGGCAGCCGCCACGUCCACUGCCUGCCUCUCUUUAUGUCCCUGCUCACCUACGAUGUGUACUACCACUCUGACACAGCAGAGGGCGGUGUACAAACAGAGGUCCCUCUGUCAUCCAUCUGCUAUCACGGCUCCCUGCUGGUGCAGGCCCUCGCCAAGUUCCAGGAACGCUCCAUCCUCUUCGACAGUCUGCGCACGCUAACCCCAGCGGACCUCUUGACACUGGCGUCCAACUCCUUUGGCGGCCACGUCCUCCAGGCGCUCAUCACCACAUGCAGCGACAAGGCAAGAGGCAAGAUCCUCAAGAGGCUGGAGGGUCAUUUUGGUCAAAUGGCAUGCUCCAAGGUGGGUAGUCGAGUACUGGAGGCCAUAUGGAGCAGCGCGUCUGUCAGUCAUAGGCAAAAGAUUGCAGAAGAGCUUGUGUCAAAUGAACACCAGCUGAGGUCAGAUCAGUUUGCUCGCCAUGUGUGGGCCAAAUUUGCUCUUUCCCACUUUGGCAACAGAAUGAAAAACUGGAUGGAGAUUCAAACCGGUCAGUUAAACAAGCGCGCACUGUUCAGUGAUAUUCUUGACUGAAAAGGCUUUUAGCAUUGUUUUGCCCUUCAAACAUUUGAAAAUAAAAUCACUUCAAUAAGGUUCA